UAUGUUUAUCGUGGCUGUUAAUAUUUUGUGCAGAUGGCUGCUUUACUGAGGUAUGCACUUAAUCUGCUUACCCCGCUGUUGGGGAGGUUGUUUAAGUCAAAGGAACAGCAGACAAUUGACGAGAUAUCUCCAUACGUGUGCCAUCGUGUGUUGAACAUUGUCCGAGGGAAAAAUUUGUUGAUUGUCGGCGACGUCCAUGGUUGUUAUGAUGAAACAAUGGCUUUGUUGGAGAUUGCUCAGCAGCGAAGUAGCCACCCAGUGGAAGUUAUAUUCGUCGGCGACGUCGUUAAUAAAGGUCCAAAAAGUUUAGAGAUGCUCGAGUUUGUUCGUAACGCUGGUAACGUGCAUUGUAUCCGUGGUAACCAUGAACAGAAUGUGCUUUGUCAGUAUUUAAGAAUGAAGAAUUCACGUGAUGUAACUCAUGAUCAUUGGAUCGCGAAUAUCACGAACGCACAGUUUGAAUAUAUGAGGAAUCUGCCGUAUACGAUAACCAUCCCAAGUAUCGGGUGUGUGGUGGUGCAUGCGGGACUUGUACCCGGUAUCCCGUUGCAUCAACAAUCCACCAACAAUAUGCUGAACAUGCGGAACCUCGUCGUUGAUAUUAAUGAUUUCUAUGAUGAAGAGUUGUGUGGCACAAGUGACAACCGUCGUGGCACGUGUUGGGCGGAGUCGUGGAUUGGACCUCAACACGUCUACUUUGGCCACGAUGCGUUACGUAAACUACAAACCCACCCCCACUGUACGGGGUUGGACACGGGGUGUGUGUACGGGGGUAAACUGACAGCGGUGUUGCUCAAACUCAACAACUUUGGUGAAAACCACGAUAAUAUUGAACGAGAGUUCAUUUCGGUCGAUCCGUUCAAGGUUUAUAAAAAAGUUGGUUGAAUAUGAUCUGGGGGUGUCCCUAUUGUGACCUAACAUUGUGAUUAUACAUCAUCACUGGGUGGCGCCAGUGGUUCUUAACCACCAGGUUGUACCACAUGAGGCGCUGGAGAUCUGUAACAAUGACAACCAACUAUGCACGAUGUCAUCAACUGGUAUUAUGACAUAACAAUAAUCCUUUAUCUUGAGUUUAUUAAAAUUUGCUUUUACGUGAGAAUAUCUUGUGUAGUGACGUCAUAAUGAUGACGUGUCAUGUGCUACGUCAUGGACAGUGACGUGUCAUAUUGUUGCGUCAUAAGCGUGAAGAUAAGUGCUGCACUUUGCAAUACAACCGGAGGGGAUUCCCCACAACCGGAAGUAGAGUCGAGGG